AUGAAUCAAUCAACCCAGCCAGACCGCGUUGAAUGUGAGCAUGCAGUACAACUGAUAGAUUGGAUUUCAUCACCUACAAAUCGUUCGAUGGUCUAUCGAGAAGAAUGUACUCAAUGUUUUGAUUCACAAGAUAGUCCAUCUGGAAUUGAUGUUUGUUUACAAUGUUUUAAUGGUGGUUGUGCGAGUCCUGAUCAUCAUCACGCAAAGCAUCAUGCGAUCAAUCAAAACCAUUCAUUAGCCUUAAACAUUAAACGGAUCUCAAAACCUAAAUCUCAAAGAACCAAUGAAUCAGAACCACCUCUAAAGAAACUAGCGAUUCGUGAAGAAAAUCCAAUCGAUCAAUACGAGUUUGUUAGUUUUCUCAAAUGUUAUGCUAUGGGUUGUGAUGGUCAUCCGAUCUCGACGCCUCCAAGUCUUGAUGCUAUCAGUACUGCUAUUCUUAAUUCGACUCCUUCUGCUAGAUUAAAUGAAGUGGCUGCAUGGGAAGAACAAAUCGAAAAAUGUGCUCAUGUUACCGGACUGAAACAACAAGACAAUCCAACGAAUCCAAUCCCACAAGUUUCUUCUACUUGUCACGCUUGUGAAUUAUCUUCAAACCUGUGGUUUUGUUUAGAAUGUGGAAGUUUGGGUUGUGGUCGUUCUCAGUUCGGUGGAACCGGUGGGAAUAGUCAUGCAUUGAAACAUUAUAAUGAUACAGGUCAUUGUGUGAAUGUUAAACUCGGUACGAUCACUGCUGAAGGAUCUGCAGAUCUGUAUUGUUAUAAUUGUGAUGAUGCUAGAAUUGAUAGUGAUUUACAAACACAUUUGGCUCAUUUUGGAAUCGAGCUUGAAAAACAAGAAAAAACUGAAAAGAGUAUGACUGAAUUGCAAGUUGAACAUAAUCUCAAGUUUGAUUUCUCGAUGACUGGUGAGGAUGGUCAACAUCUUGUACCUGUACAUGGACCUGGUCUUACUGGUUUAAAGAAUUUGGGAAAUAGUUGUUACAUAGCUUCUGUUUUACAAAUGCUAUUUUCACUUAGUCCAUUCCAGUCUCAAUACUAUAACAAUUUCGUAUCACAUGCAUCUACCUGCACUGCACCAUUCCCUUCAGAGUGUUUAGACUGUCAAAUGAACAAAAUCGCACACGGUUUACUUUCGGGUCGAUAUGCUAUACCUAACAAUGAUCCUAUCACACCACCACUAGUAGAUGUGAAAGCUGAAAUUGAACCAUCUCAUCCGCCUACACCGGCUGCUGCUUUCCAAAAAGGGAUUAGUCCAAUGAUGUUCAAAGCUUUAGUUGGACGUGGACAUCAUGAAUUUUCGACUAUGAAACAACAAGAUGCCGAAGAAUUUCUUGGAUAUUUGUUUGAAACGAUUCAAGGACACAUCAAAAAGAUUGAAACUGAUCAAAAUCCAGAUGUUAAAUUGACCGAUCCUACUGAACCUUUUAGAUUUCAAUUAGAACAAAAACUUCAAUGUGAGAAUUGUAAAGGAGUGAAAUAUAAAUUAGAAGAUCAUAUGACUUUAAGUCUUCCGGUACCUGCGAUUCCGAUGAUGAGUCAUGGAGAAGAAGAAAAAGAGAACAGUGGUGAGACUGAAGUGGGAAAGAAGGCUUAUCAACCGGUCACUUUGGAACAGUGUUUGGAAAGCUUUAUGGCUUGUAAUUCAGUGGAGUAUACUUGUCCAAAGUGUCGGAUUAAAACUACUGCUUUGACGUCAUCUCGGAUUGGAUCGUUUCCUAAAUACUUGAUUGUGCAUGCUCGUCGGUUCGAGGUGGUGAAUUGGGUUCCAAAAAAAUUAGAGGUACCUUUGAUGAUCGAAGGAGACAAGAUCGAUUUAGAACCUUAUCUUGGUCAAGGUCAAGAAGUAGGGGAGGAAUUGUUACCAGACCUUGAAGAGGCUUCAUCACCUGCUGUACCUGAGGUGAAUGAAGAAACAUUGAGUGUUUUGAUGAGUAUGGGAUUCCCGAAAUGGAGAUGUUUGAAAGCUAUACAUGCAACUGGUAAUCGUAAUUUACAAGUUGCAACUGAUUGGUUGUUUGAACGUAUGGAUGAUGAUUUACAUGAAAAAGAUUUGGCUCUUGCUGCACCUAAGGUUCAUCCAGAAGGAAAUAUAUCGGGGUUACAAGAAAUGGGGUUUACCGAGAAUCAAGCUAGGAAAGCUUUACGAGUGUCGAAAGGAAAAAUGGACAUUGCAGUUGACUGGUUAUUUAAUCAUCCAGAAGAUGAAGGAGAAGAACGGCUCUUCGGACCUGAUGAUGUAUUGAAAGAGGAUCGACCACCAUCUGUUCUUGGAGAUCGAAACUUACCGGCUCAGUAUCGACUUCAAGGGUUUGUUUCUCAUAAAGGUCCAUCUGUACAUAGUGGACAUUAUGUGGCACAUUUAAGGUUUAAGAAAUCGAACGAGAAAUCGAAUGAGAAUGGGGUGAAUGUGAAGGAAGAUUGGGUGUUUUUUAAUGAUGAGAAAGUCAUGGAAGCUAAUGAAGGAAAAUUGAGUGCUAAAGCUUUAUCUCCGUAA